AUGGCGUUGAACCUUGAGCGUGCUCAUCCCCCGAAUACUUGCCAAUAUACGGCACAUUCAAGCCGAGGAGACUAUCUAGUGCAGAUAGCAUGGCCACUGCGAUGGGGUGAAGAUCGGAACCCCCCUGAAAGCGAUUCUGCUGAUAUUUCCACUAUCUACUUGGUAGAUGGUAAUGCCUAUUUCUUCACAGCUGUCGAUAUUGUUCGGCGUCUGGAGUUCACUCACAACACCAGAGCUGUUGUUGUGGGCGUUGGGUAUCCUCCAUCGAAAAUUGUCUACGAUCGGCGCAGGGGUCCGGAUCUCACUCCAUCUACAGCUGAUGGCAAAUUCGAAAUGCCACUUGAUCGGCAUGGAAAUCCUCGAACAGACCUCUCCUUUGGCGAAGCAGAUAUCUUCCUGGAUUUUAUUCAGAACGAUGUGAUGAAGUAUGUCCACGAGACGCUCUUCCCGCAGGUAUCACUCAACACACACCGUAAGGCUCUGUUUGGACAUUCUUACGGCGGGAUAUUCGCAUUGAACGCGUUGUAUACCAAGCCGGCGCUCUUUGAUACAUUCAUUGCGGCAAGUCCCAAUAUUUGCUGGAAUAACUCGUCCUUGGUCAAGGAGCAAGAAGCAGCCUUCCUUGCGCGCGAGCAUCCCGUCAAUUUAGCACCUGCGCUAUUAAUUACGUGGGGAUCUGGACCACAAGAUUUGGUGAGGGGAGAAGAGGAAUCUGAGGUAGAUUUUGAGAAAAGGAUUUCUCAUGCGGAGUUAAGAACUACGAGAGACAGUGCCACAGCGCUGGUGGCACGUAUGAAUAGUUGUGCGCAUAUUCGUAGCGUACUGGCACGAGACUUCCCUGGCGAAGAUCACGGAAGCGCAGCGGUGACGGGAUUACAAUUCGGCAUUCAAAAGUUCCUUGCCGACAAGUUCUGA